UCUUCUUCUGCUUCUUCUUCUUCGCUGGCGGGGAGAGCAUCCUGUUUACGUAGCCUCAAGUACAACAACAACGACGACGACGACGGCGGCGGCACUUGAGUUGUGUUAUGUCAUAAAAAAUAUCUUUCUUUCAACCGGGAGGGAGGCUCGUUUUGUUGCGCUUGUUUCGCCUGAGAUGCUCCGUUUUCGCCGCUAGCAAUUCGGACGACGGGACCACACACUCCGGGUGCCAUGGCGGACGGCAUCAUGAGCAAAGCGGCCACCAUGGAGAUCCCAAUCAACGGCAACGGCGACACGGGCACGCUAGCGGAGGACGACGGCCUCGAGCAGGCUACAAAGCUGCAGUGGCGUUUAGAUGAGAAGGUAGGAUGCGGCAGAGGCGCCAGGGACCUGCACCAGGUGAUGGUGUCGGGGCCGAACCUCAACGAGACCAACAUCGUGUCGGGCGGUUACGGCGGCACGGCGGAGGGAAUCAUCCCCACCGGAUCCAUCAAAGGCCCGGCUGUGCGCUACAACCCCGACUUUAACAAACGGAUCCCGGUCACAGGAUUAGGUCCCGGCAUGCAUCGCAGCGCCAGCAGCUCGUCUAUGGCGGCGGAGGAGGCCACCCGAGGCGUGGCAGUGGAGAAGCUGGAGACUGUCAAGAAGUGGGGUCUCAACACUUACAAGUGCACCAAGCAGAUGAUCUCGGAGCGUUUCGGGCGUGGCUCGCGGACCGUGGACCUGGACCUGGAGGCCCAGAUCGAGCUGCUGAGGGACACCAAGCGCAAAUAUGAGAGCGUGCUGCGACUGGCCCGAGCGCUCACCAAUCAUUUCUACAACAUGGUGCAGACGCAGCACGCGCUGGGCGACACCUUCGCAGACCUCAGUCAGAAGUCGCCGGAGCUUCGGGACGAGUUCGGCUACAACGCGGAGACCCAGAAGCUGCUGUGCAAGAACGGCGAGACUCUUCUGGGCGCCAUUAACUUCUUUGUGUCCAGCAUCAACACGCUGGUCAACAAGACCAUGGAGGACACGCUCAUGACCAUCAAGAUGUACGAAAACGCCAGGUUGGAAUUCGACGCGUACCGGUCGGACCUGGAGGAGCUGAGCUUGGGGCCCCGGGACGCGGCGGCCGUGGCCCGCAUUGACGCGGCGCAGCAGCAGUACCAAGUCCAGAAGGACAAGUAUGAACGACUGCGCUCUGACGUCACCAUCAAACUCAAGUUCCUGGAGGAAAACAAGGUGAAGGUGAUGCACAAGCAGCUGUUGCUCUUCCACAACGCCAUCUCGGCCUACUUCGCCGGCAACCAGCAGCAGCUGGAGGAAACGCUCAAGCAGUUCAACAUCAAGCUCAAGCCGCCCGGCGCCGACAAGCCAUCCUGGCUGGAGGAGCAGUGAGCGCCGCCGGCGCAGUGGAGGACGCCUAAACCCUCCCCGUCCCCCGUCCCCCGUCCCCCGUCCCCCUCGCCCGCCCCGCUCGAACCCGACGACGCAAGUAGGCCAGUUUUCCCGGAACCUUCUAAUAUUGUGCGUUUUCAUGUUGACCGAGCGGACUGAAUGCUAUCAAAACACUACCCAAUCAAAAUGGAGGAAAUGCCAAGGGGACAUUUUGAAUCAGUGUACAUGGCAAAUUUGUGUCGUUUGUUUGUUUUUAUUGUUGAAAACGUUUUUUUAUUCAUUAUUAUUUCUAGUCGGCAUGACUCAGCCAACAUGCAAAUUUGUUGACCAAACCACUUUAUCUUGUAAUAUUAUUACAUUCAUGUGGUAUUUUCUUUUUUUUUUUUUUUUUGGUAAUGAUUUGAAGGAUUCACAGCGAACGUUCGCUAUCCAACGCAUUGUUUCCCAAUCUUUGGUAAGCCCGGGUCCAUAUUUUACAUCAGAAAUAUCUCACGCCGCCAAACUAAAAUGUCUACCGUGAACCCGUUCAUCGCGGGGUUCGGGUUAACUGUCGAGCUAGUUGUCGCUCCCCGUGCACCAGUUGAAAAAAAAAUAAAAUAUAUAUAUCUAUAUAUAUAUAGAUAUAUAGAUAUAUAGAUAUAUUUUUAAGAUCAACUUAAACUUAGAAGCUCUCGUAGCAAUCAAUCGGCAGUCGAAGUCUUUGGAACGCUGCACUCCUCGCUCGUUGACUUCGUGCAAGAGUGAACGUGUCCCCCAAAAUAAUUUUAUACACUGAAAGACGUCAGAAAACGGCAAAAUGUCGUUCGUGAACGCGCCGACAAACAGCUCCGAUUUCUAAGAAAAAAAUAAUAAGAUAGAUAUUUUAUUUGUGUACGUUGGAAGCUGAAGUGAUGUGUUCUUGUCAAGUAUGGAUGAUGAAGGAUCACGCCGCCCGCCAAAACCUCACACCCCCAGAAAUUAAAAAAAGUAAUUUUCAAA